CCAUACCAUUUAAAGUGUUUGCUGUGUUCUCACUUCCCUGGUCUUGUAACACUAAAAGGUAAUGCUAUAAACAAGAAGUUGAAUAGUGCAGGAGAAAUCAAAAAGAGAUCCCCAGAAUUUUGACAAUGGCCAUCAAGUCCAUCCUUCUAAUUUUCAUCUAUGGACAACUGUGGUGGAAUCACACAGCUGGAAAGACAGAGGGGCCUGCAACCGUGUUGCCUCCAGCUGCGCUGGUCUUAGUGGGUCUCGAUUCUGAACCCCACAGCUCUUCAUAUCAAGCAAGUAAAUCAAAAGUCCCUACCAAAAAUGAAGAGCAAAUGCCUUCCAACAAUCCCCAGCUUCCUAUCACCACAGAAGAACCUAAAGGAGCUAAGUUUGCAGAUGAACAUUUAAUAGUUGCUGUGAUCAUUGGGGUCAUCUUGCUGUUCAUGAUUCUCAUUAUUGUUGCCAUCUUCCUUUGGAGGCAACGGAAAAGGGCAAAUUUGCCUCUUCCCCACUGGGCAGGCCGCUCCCCAUUUGCAGAUGGAGACGUGCCUGACCUUACUGUAGAUAAAGAACCCGCGCAAGGCAUAAAGCGGAUGUCGGUUCUCUCUCUUUUGCCAUGGAAAUUUAACAAGAAUACGCAACUGCUGGAAAAUGCAGAAGACCAGCUUUCUGAAUCAAGGCAGAAUGUGGAUGCUCCACAGGGAUGUGGUACCGCAGGAACAGAGAGUGAGUCAAGCCACACCGCAACAGCAACCUUGGAUUCUUCAACAAGCAUCCAAACUCAAAUUUCUGAAGAACCAAACAACUUAACUGACAUUUUGGUCCAGCCUGAGAGUCCAGGGCUAGUAGACCCUCCUUCAUCCAGCUGGCCUAGUGGAGUCAGUGGAGAUAUUUGUACUCUUGAACCCUGUCCCUUGGAACAAAAUGUAGAGUUCCAGUGCUCUAUACCACCAAAUCUGUCCCAACAAAAUGUCGGUGAAGCAGUGCUACUUCCUCCACCACCAGAAGACUUUUUGUGUAACUGAUAUUAAUAGAUUUUGCAGCAAAUACUGCUUCCUUCUGAUUUUAAAAAAAGUCAUGUAUUGAAACAAAAUGGAGUAGGUCCAUUUAGUUUCAUCAUCUCUUACUUCAAAAGAAGCUUUCAGGAAGACUCCCCAGUCAAACAUGUUCCUCUUGCUGCUUCUCCCCAGUCUCUAAUAUUCCAAAGUAGGCUGCAGCUACAGAGAGAGACUUCAGGAACAUCCAUGGAUUUAUGCUCCUUAAUUCUUUUAUUUGGACAAGACUCAUUUUUAUGGGGAGUCUUUUUGCCUUUAUCACUCUGGAAUCCUUCUAGUCUGGUGUGAACUUUUUCUAAUCAAAAAACUGUGUACUUAAUGUAACUCUCUAUUUAGUGCUUUUAAAUGAUCACCCAGCAGUGUAGAGGUCUGACCACCCAGUUGGUCCCUGCAGUUUGAAGUCAACCCUUUCCUUUUGAGAAGUUUCCUCUUUUGAAAUUACAGCACAACAAUACUGAACUUUCCGCACAAUGUCUGACUUAGUCGACAUUUUGAAUCUCACAAUUCUUCUCCUUUCCCCUAAUUAUAAUCCUUAGAUCUUAUGCUGAGUCCUGUGUACCCACAUCGUUAUCAAGAAUUUAUUCUCUCCCAGUUUGUACUUUGCUUGAAGGCCUAUUUAUAUAUCCUAUCUAAAAAACUAUCCGUUUUUCUUGAUCGAAAAGCACCUGACCACAAACAGCCCUACUGGCAGUUUUCAAAUCCUUACACAUUUGCCUAUUGUGGUUCAUUAACCGUGUUCUACACAAAUUAGUGGGAAUGAUAAGAACACUUACUAGCUUCAGCCGUAGUGUAGCAUGCGCUUGCAGGCUGCAGAAAACUAUGUAUUUGCGCACUUGCGUUUCUACUCAUACACAGAGAAGCAUGACAAUCGUUUUUAGCUAUUAAUCAUAGAGGACCGGAUUACUAACUUUCAAGAGGUCAGGGGCAGAAUUUCUUUCACUACCAAAACAGCCACUGCUUUAUUCCCUCACAUGGAAAAUCAUUCCUAGGUGCACUUCAAGAGCGAUUUUAGCUCAGUUCUCACAAAGCACUAGAAAUUUUAAGCCAGACUUCCUCAAGUUGGUGGGGGGAUUCUAGGAGGUAUCAUCCCAAAAUAUUUGAAGGAUGUCAACUUGAGGAAGACUGGAUGCUGUGAACUAAGAACCAUAAAGAAAUUUUCCCUUAAUGUUGUUAAAUUUGAACAAAAGGUUUGCAAUUAUUUUGUUAAGCUAGCCUGGGAAGAAUUUUGUUUGGGAGAAUUCUGACUGAUGGAAUACUAGAGGUGAUCAUAAGCAACAUUUGGGAAGUGUGACCUUAAGCCAGGCAGGGGUACACGGACCAGAUUUUUGUCUUCAGCAGGUCGCUGAGAAAUGUUAUGAAUGAGACAGGAAAAAAAAAGUAUGUUUGUUGAUACAGAAAAAGCAUACAAUAAAAUGAAUAAGCUUGAAUGAUGGAAUGUUUUGUGGAAACACAGAAUUGAAAGUUGGUUGCUGAAUGAGGUAAGAGUGGAAUAUGAUGGAAGGAAACCCACUGUGAGAAUAAAUAGCAUGUUUGGUAAAUGAUUCAACACUGAGCAGAGGGUAAGACAAAAAUGUGUGAUGUUCCCUUGGCUGUUUAAUGUAUUUGUUAAGAAUGCUUGUGGUAACAUUAGAGAUAUAUUGGGCAAGGACUUGAAUAUACAGCACAGAUGAUCCUGUGUUCUUGGAGGGAACAACUGCAAAAAAAUUAAACAGCAAAAACUGGCAUGAGUAGAUGAAUCUGUUUACUUAAGACAGGAACAUGGAUAGAGAAAUAUUAAGACAUGCAAAUACUAGUAGAAAGAUGGUGGGUAUUAUCUGAUCAAUUGCAACCAAUGAGUGAUAAGAUGUGAAAAUGAAAGCUCAGAGUCACUUUGUGGGAGAUGGGCAGCUAUACAAAU